AUUUAGACAAAGUACACCUUAUAGGUAUACUUCAUGAUUUAGACUAGGGAAAGAAAUGUCUCGCGAGCUAAGCAACUGGCAAGAACUAUUAGAUUCCUUCACGGAAACUGGAGUAAGACAAGGCAAAGUCAGUAAAAUCCAUCAAACUAGGAGCAACAAUGCUGAAAGAAUUAAAAUUCUUCUCGAAGACGAGGAAUUACGAGUUGUUCUGCUCAAAUGGAUGAAUCAUCAGGUGAAACGUCAAAGAAGUCUAGAAGCUGCAAAAUGUUUUAGAGAAACAGGAAACAGACAGUUUUCUUUAAAAGAUUAUACAGCCUGCAUAGAAAUGUACUCACAGAGCAUUCUCAGUUGCCCUGUGGAAAAUGAAGUUGAGCUCAGCUUGGCUCUUGCAAAUCGUUCUGCAGCUCUAUUCCAAUUGGAUUUAUUUGAAGAUUGCCUACAAGACAUCCGUGUGGCACUAAUGAAGAAUUAUCCUAGUCACCUGCUGCCUAAAAUCCUUACAAGAAAAAUCAAAUCCUUGCGAAAAUUGGGCCUAAUGGAAGAUUGCCAAACCACGUUAGCAGAAUUAGAAGCCUCAUUGAUGCAUUUGCAAGUUUCAGAGAAAAAUAAAAUCAAGUCAGACAUUAAAGUAAUGUUAAUGGAUGACCAAGGCAAUGAAAAUACUCAAGAUAGAGACUCAGAGUUUGAUGAUAGGAUCAUACCUUUCUGUGGAGAGAAUCUGUCUUUUAAAGGAGCUAGCACUGCCCUAGACAUCAGGCAUUCCGUAGAGAAAAGUCGUUAUGUUGUAGCAAACAGAGAUAUUAUGGCAGGAGAAACUCUUUUUGUGGAACAACCUAAUGCCCUAGUGGUUCUGCCCGACUUCCAGACUACGCGUUGCCAUCAUUGUACUCGCGAGCUGCCACUAAAACGAUACCCUUGUUUAUCUUGUGGCAAAAUCUGGUUUUGUAGCAAUGCCUGCCGGCAGGAAUCGUCCUGUUACCAUAGUUUUGAAUGCGGACUUGAUUCCGUAUUAAAUUCCGUCGGUAUUGCACACCUGGGAGCGAGGAUAGUUGUUUCUUAUGGGCUUGAAACUUUAUUAGCUUUUCUUAAAGAUACGGAAAAAGUGAAGAAAAUUUCCGGUAUCGAUAGCUCUUAUGAUACAAAGAGUUAUCAGGUCAUGUUCCAUCUGGUCUCGCAUACUGAACGAAUGGCACCUGAUGAGCUUUAUCAAUACGCUUUGACCGCUGCCUUUUUAACAUUGCUACUGGAGCAACACACCAAGUUUUUCCAGUUAGCUUCCCAGGAAGAUCGUUAUUUAGUUGGUGGCCUGAUUUUGGUGCACAUCUGCCAGAUGGUCAGUAACGCCCACGCCAUUACUGAAAUUUGUGCUCUAGAUGAGAACAGUGAAAGACAAGAGAGAAUCGCAACUGCAAUUUACCCUUCCGCCAGCUUAAUGAAUCACAGCUGCGAUCCAACAGUGAUCAAUAGUUUCCAGGGUAAUACACUGAUUGUCCGGGCCAUCCGCGAUGUUCGGAAAGGGGAUGAAGUGUUUAACUGCUACGGGCCGCACUAUCGUCGAAUGAGAAGGACUGAGAGGCUUGAAAUGCUUGAAUCGCAGUACUCCUUCGUUUGUACCUGUGAACAUUGUUGUGAUACAAAUACCGAAGAUUUCCAAGACGUUAUAUAUUCAUUUGCAUGUCCAUCUUGCAAUGGAUCCCUUGUCAACCCUAGCGGAAGUUAUUCUCCUGCACAGUUUCAAAUGACAUUGUGUAGAUCAUGCAAAACGCAGCAAAGUUAUUUCACUCAACUGCAGGCGGAUCUAGAGGCAGUAUCGCUUGAUGCUAGAGGAACAGAAGCAAUGGAUCAGGGCGAUAUAAUGGAAGCCAUUAAACUGUUAACUAAAUGUGUUCAAUUGCGAAAGAGAGCCUUGUUCAAAGGACAUCCAGAUUUGGGAAAGAGCGCAGAUAAAUUGGCACAAUGUUAUGCAUUUAUAGGAAACUAUGAAGAAUGCGAAAAGAUGUUACGAAUCUCGCUUAUUGCCGUUGAGGAGCGGUACGGUAGGUACAGCAUUGAGAUGGCAAAUGAAUUACAAAAAUUCACGGAUGUAUUAAUGGAGCUGGCGUCGAGUAGAAACCAAGACUUGCGAGACGAGCUGGUGAGGCAUUUGGAAGAGGCCAUGUUUAUUUACCGCAUUCACUACGGUGCUUGGAGUCAUAGUUAUAAAGAAUUGCAACGUAAAAAAAUUCAUUUAACUACCUUGUUGAUGAAGUGAUUUAGAUUUGGACACACAAGAGGGCUCUGUCAAUACAAUAAUUAUUUUGGCAUAAAUUUAACCAAGUUUUUAAAAUUAUGUUGGCAUUAAAAUAUUAACGCUUUUAAAUCAAAAUUAAAGAUUAAAAUCUAAGUAACCAACUGUUAGACAAUUGUGCUUAAGAUAAUGAAAUAUACGUUUCAUUCCACAGGAUAAAAGUGACGGAAUAACUAAAACAGGAAACCGACGACAGCAGGUGACGUGCCAAAGAAUUUCAAUUCUAUCUUAGCAAAUCAAUUUUGAAUUGACGUAAAAUUCCGAACGACUAACCAAAUAAAAUUAUGUGACGCAAAAAGACCUUGUGAGCGGAGAUUAAUUUUAACACAUUUACCUACCGCAAUAAAAAGAGAGCAGUACUUCCGGCAAGAACGCAUGGUUGGUAAUCUUCUUAGCGUCAGCAUCUCAAAAUUUGGGGAUUCCGCCGG